UACUUGUUGACAUGAAAAAUCCUGACCCCCACCCCUACUGCAUCUGUAGUUCUUUUAUUUUUCCUAAAGGAAUUCAAAAUCUCUUCAAACAAAAUCUUGGAUAGAUUUCUGGAGGGGAAAAAAAAAAGGGUUUAAAAUUCUCAUCAGCUUCCAUGAGAGACCUGCUGAGUGCUCCAGAGUUACUCAUUUGUACUCAAGAGUUUCAGGGGUUAGUUCAGUUGAUCUCUGCUUAGUGCUCAGGGUGUGUGUUAACUGCUCCAAGGUUAAAAAAAGAAACCAGAAGAGGUUUUAAGUUAACCUUUUUUAAAAUGAAAGGAUUAUUUCUUUAAUUUUUUUUGUGUGUGUGGGUGGGAAAUUUGGUGGUUUUUCUCUUGUGUUUCUUUUAAAGUUUUGCUUUUUUCCCAUUCCUUAAACAAGAUCCAUUCACAUUCUGAACAGCUCUUGAAGUCUGCUCAGGAAUAUAGAAGGCAGCAAGCAAAGUGCUGAGCUGCUCCAAGGGGUUUUCUUUUCUCCCCCAUGGUGGUGGAUAAAGUAAUGUUGCAUUGUACAGGCGUCCCUCACAUCCUAGGGAAAAGAAAUGCUUCUAGACUGUGAAUUCCUUCCCAUUUGUGUUUGAAUGGCUCUGCUCAGCAAAGCAGUGGUCCUCAAUUGCCAUCUAUUUCCUUGUUGGCUUGUGCAGACUCGGGAGUCGUGCUUGAAAUCUCAUUGAACUAUCAAUGGUAUUUGGAACACGUUUGGAGAAAGGCUUCUUGGCAAAGCUCUCCAUGAAGGAGCACCAGUAAUUUUUAGCAGUAGAUGCACAGGGAUCUGUAUGACACCAAGUCUGUUUUGGAAGGUGCUAAAGGUCAAAAGCAAAUAGUCCCAUCGAUACUGAGGAAGGGAAGAAGCCCUUGCACUUAACCACUGCUCUUAUUCCCUCUGUCAAGCGGUCAAAACCCAGUAACUAAUAUGAGAACCCAACUUUUGCUCUCUUUGUUUUAGAUUUGGGAAAAUUCCCUGCAAAAAAAAAAAAAAAAAUUAUCCUGGGAAAUUCACUAGUGUUUGUGUGAGUAAAAAGGUUCCAACCUUUUAUUCUUAAUUUGUAAGAACUAUUUCGUUCAGUUUUAUCCAAAAGGCUCAGAAACACUUUGCACAGAAGUGUGCAGCAUUUUAGUGAAAGGGGUCAGAAUCACUUAAAAUUGAACUUUAUCUGGUCUGGUUGCAGGUUUUGUGGCAUUUAGUAUCUUAAAUAAGAAUCACAGCAUCUGACUUCACAUUAAAAAAAAAAAAAAAACAAAUUGCUUGUAGCUAAAUAAAAUCAGUUCAGCUCUGGUGGCACCAAAAAAUCAUCCCUGUUGAAUUGGACCUAAGUCAUCUUUCCAAGCCUCCCAUGAUCUUACACCAGUGGCUAAUGAUGGGUAUAUGGAUUAGGGACCAGCAUAUGAUGGCAAAUUCAUAGUGUUUGCUCUGCUAUGAAAAGAAAACAAAUUCUUUCCUAAAACCAAAGGAAUUCCAAAUUGUUAGUAUCAUGCAGCCAUGCCACUGGCCAAGUGAACAUUUCCCUGCUUCCCAGAGCUUGUCAUACCCUGACCUGCUGCCUUCCUGCUGGUGAUUGAUUGCAACUCGACGUGGCUGAUGGGGGCUCAGAGCUGUUCUCCACUCGGAUAUCAUACAACAUGUACUGUGCACGUGUGUGUGUGUUUCCACUGUAUGCAUGUACAGACCUAUGCAUCUUUGUGUGCUGGCCUCAGAUCACUCCUAUUCCAUAUUUCUUUCUAUUAAAAGCAUCAGCCUCAAAGGCAUAGUCAUCAAAAUAUUCCGUAGAUCUUUGAUUUUUGCCAGUUCCCUCCAAAGAGAGACUUUGUUUGCAUUCCUCUGUGGCACAUAGCCCAAAAUUCACAUUUUUCCUCUCACCUUUCCUGACUUUGUUACCCCUCACUCUUGCUGUGUGUAUAAACACGGAUGUGUAUGGAUAUACAUAUUUGUGGAUUUAUACACACAAAGUCUGUUUUUUGCUGUACAGGUCAUAAAGAUGGGGGAAGAUUUUUGUGUUUUCUUAAUAGGUGAAGAAAUCUUGAAGACCAGAAAUUGCAACUUUACUGCAUUUUAAAUUAAAAACCAAACCAAAUUAAAAUGGCAGUUGCCCGGCUGUGGAAGAUGGAGCCUCAUUUUUGCAGCCACUUUGAAUCACAAGUUCAUCUUUAAAUGCCCUGGGUUGUUUUUUUUGGUUUUUUGUUUUUGUUUUUUUUUCCUCUUUUUUUUUGGUGUUUUCCUGUUUUGAAGAGCUAACUAACCCUGGCUGUCUCCAGUCUGACAGUAUUCCAAUGGACUUGCUUCCUCCAUUAGUUGUAAGAUGUUUAAAAGCACAUCCUAUGUUUGAAUUGUGGAUGAGAGGUUCCCUUGGCAAUGUGAGGAGGAAAAGUCUUUCUACCCCUUUAUUAUUAAUUCACGGAUUCAGUGUUGGUUCGGCCUACAGGAGAAGUUAACUGGAAGUCUUUGAAGAUCAGUAUCUUCUUUGCUGAAGUUGGCCAGGGUUACUUUAAAAAAGAAGAUUUCACUGAUCAAGACAGUAGAAGAUUUCAGUCCAAGAAAGUGAAGCCAGCUUCAGACUGGAAGACUGGAGGAAGUCCCUAUUGAGUGAACCUGUAGAACCAUACUAAGGCUUUGUCCAUUAUGUCUAACCAAGGAGAUGACUGCUACUUCUAUUUCUAUUCCACGUGUAACAAGGGAGACAGCUGCUCCUUCCGCCACUGUGAAGCUGCUCUGGGAAAUGAAACAGUCUGCACACUCUGGCAAGAGGGUCGCUGUUUCAGGAAUAUCUGCAGGUUCAGACACAUGGAAAUCGACAAGAAGCGCAGUGAGAUUCCUUGCUACUGGGAGAACCAGCCAGUGGGCUGCCAAAAAUCCAACUGCGCUUUUCAUCACACCAAAGGACGUUACGUUGAUGGACUCUUCUUACCUCCGAGCAAAACUACACUUCCAAGUCCACCUGAGUCUGUGGAAGAUGAUGCUAAAAUGCCUCAGAUGUCACUGCAGCAAAACAAACUUUCUGUUCAGUCAAAUCCCUCUCCCCAGCUGAGGGGGGUGAUGAAAGUGGAAAACUCUGAAAAUGUCCCAAGUCCUACACAUCCCCCAGUUGUAAUCAAUGCUGCAGAUGAUGAUGAAGAUGAUGAUGACCAGCUUUCUGAAGAAGGAGAUGACGUUAAAAUGGCCAUCCAGCAACCAACAACAGAAACCCAUAAUGGAUUGCGGAUAAUUUCCACUAGGAAAUCCAGUGCUAAUUCCAAGCAAGAUGAUAAUCUGAAUUUCGGAAUAAAAACGCUUGAAGAAAUCAAAUUGAAGAAACUAAAGGAGAAAACAAAAAAACAAGAAGGUCCUUCAGGAAUUUCUGUUCAUCCCCUCCAAUCUCGGACUAUUCCUGUGCCAGAAAAGGAGAAUGUACGGACAGUAGUGAGAACUGUGACACUGUCUGCAAAGCAAGGGGAGGAGCCUGUGAUUCAGCUGAACAUUGCUGAGAGACUGAGCAAACGGAAAGCCUCCACAGCUGCUAAAAGUGUCAUUCCACUGAAGCGCAACCUUACUGAAAGGCUGGGGAAGAAGAUAGACAUGCUGGAGAAUGCUGACAAAGCCCCCAAGAGAGUUCAAGUCCCCAAGUCUCUGAAGGAGAGGCUAGGAUUGCCCUCUGAACAGACCAGCACAGAGACAGAGAAGGCUGCUAAGCCGACAGGAGAGUUCCACGUGAAAACACUGGAAGAAAUUCGCCUUGAGAGAGCUUCUCAGCGACGAGGAGAACCUCCAGCUAAAGCCCAGGCUGAAGGGCGUUGUAAAGCAGAAGAUCCCAACUCGGGGGCAAAACCUUCCCCUGCAGUUCGCAUCAAAACUCUUUCAGGAGCCCUGGCUGAAAAAAACCAGAAGCGAUUGGAAGAAGAGAAGCAAAAACCAGAAGAGCUUCCUCCCAAGACAAAAGCUGAGGGUGAGCCCAGGAAGCAGAGCGUGCUGGCUCCAUCUCUGCCCAGCAGAGUGCCUCUGGCAGAGCCAGCAGGGAAAGCCAAGCCAGGGGAAGUGCGUAUUAAAACCUUGGAGGAAAUCAAGCAGGAGAAAGCUCUGCGGCUGCAGCAGAGUGGAGAAAAUGUGCCAGCUCCACCAGCACAACCCGAACCUGCCCCAACAGGGAGGAGACUGUUACGGAUCACCAAGCUCGUAGCACCUGGAAGAGAAGAAAAGAAGGUGGUGGAAUUGAGCAGGCCUUCUCCCAAAGCUGUCUCUGCACCUGCAGAGCUCUCUGAUCAGGGCACAACUAAUUCUAAAGUUCAAGUGAAGAACCUUGAAGAGAUAAUGAGGGAGAAGCGGCAACUGAAACACCACCAAGAAGAGAAGCUUCAGAAGGAAGCAGCUUCUGUGCCACCUUCUGCUGAAAAACCCAUCAAGGGCAAAACUCCACCAUCAGGGAGCCCUGAAGCUUCAGGGUCAGCGCAUCACUUUGUGAAGAAGACGUUGGUGAAACCUCUGGAAGAUGGGGUUGAAAGCCCAGGGAAAGAAGCUGCUGUAUCACCAGGGAAACAGGCAGCUCCACUCCAGGAACGGAAAGCUAAGACCAAAUCCAAGGCAUGCCUGAAGGCGCCAGAUGAGAAAACCACCUCUCCCACAAAGCAUACCCUGAAGCGUAAGGCAACCGAGAGUCAUCCCUCUGCCGUGGCAGCUGUGAAGCCCUUGAGUACCACUGGUGGUGACACAAAGGAGCCUCCAGCUAGAAAAGCAGCUGUGGCCAUUGUUCCUGCUUUGCCAGAGGACAGCCUCAGCUCCAUACCUAGGGGAGAAAAACCCCAAACCAGCCCUGAGCUGCACAUGGGAAGCCAGGCAGGCUCUGGGGCACAGUCAGAGCUCUCAAGCUCAACUUCAGCUUCGUCCCAAGUGGCAGUGAAGACGCGACGGCUGAGCUCCACCGGGGCUGGGAAAGCACCUUUGUCUGUAGAAGAUGACUUUGAGAAGCUGAUUUGGGAAAUCUCAGGAGGCAAACUGGAAGCAGAAAUUGAUCUGGACCCAGGGAAGGAUGAGGACGACCUCCUCUUGGAACUGUCAGAGAUGAUCGACAGCUGAACUGCAGGAUCUUAACAUUAAAACAAACACACACACAAAAAAAAAAAGAAAGUAAGAAAUUAAAACUCUAUUUUUCUGCUGGAUACCCAGAGGUGAUGAUCCUUUUUGUAGCUGAGGCUUUGCAAUGAGUCUUAAAGCACAGUUGAACUGGUAGAAAUGGGCAGUAUCUGCACUCAGUUGUCCUACAUUUCCCUGCUGGUCAGAGUCAAGGUCCUGUGCAUCCGUUCUGUGACUGUCAGUGGCCGCUGUCGACGUUGGGAGGACAAAGCACUUGUUUCUUCUGGGACAGAGAGCUCCCCAGCUGCAGACUCUGGUGGUUAUGAACUGCUGUACUGGUGCAGUGAUGCUCUGAAGGCUUAAACCUAAAGCUUCUUCUUUUCUUCUUUCCUCCCUCUUCUUUGACAAACCUCAACGUUCAGCACCUUUCAAAGCCUUGGUAGUCUCAUUUCUUGGACAAUUGCUAUCUAAAGCCUGGAGUUACUAUGUCAACUCUUGAGUUUUAUUUAUGUAUGUUAUCAUUUGGACUUUAAUCUGUUAGGGUAACUUAAUGCAAAUAGCGAGGUGGGAGGGAGCAGGAUAAUGAAGUGGUUUGGACCAAAUGUGCUGCCAGGGGCAGUGGUUGGGCUCAGUCCAUCCUCAGGGAUGAUAACAACACCGGUGUGAAAUGCAGCAGCUCUGCAGCACGGCUCCACAGCCCCCUCCUGCUUUGUUGUAGGGUACCAAAGCUGGGGGGGGACAAUGCAUUUUGCUGAUGUGAAUCCUGGUAGGAUUUUGGGAUGGGUUGUCAGGAUUCCUCUACAGGAAACUGGUGAAGGAAGGAUUGGUUUAAGUGCCUCUCUGUUCCAAGAAUCACUCCCCUGAACUGCUGGAUCAUCUGGGAAGUAGCAGCUGCUUGGACUCGUGUUCAAGCACUGUCGUGGCACCAACCCAUAGGGAAUCAUCUUCCUUGGAAGCUGGUACUGCUGCGGGACCAACCACAUUGCUGCUGCCUGGGAAUGUCCUGGGAAUCCUCCCUCAGCCUCUGUCCCACCACCAAGCCUUGCGCUCCGGGUCGAUGCAGGAACAGGAGCCGGGGCAGGGGGUUGGAAUCUCCCUUUGUGACCCCUAAGACAAUAGCUGAGACUGGGGUCUGUGCCCCCCAGUGCCCACUUUCCCUGGCACAUAGGUUUUCAGUUAUUUCCUUAAGUUUUUGAAGGACUUCACUCUCUUCCUGCUCUCAUAUGAAGCUGUCGGGGCCCUCAGGCUUUCACUGCAACCAGUUGUAAAUACUUUCUCUUUGGAAGAAAACACUUGUGUGCUUUGAUAAUCCACUGUGACGUCUUCGUUCCGAGAGGAGGAAAAAGGUUGGAAACCAAACUUCAGGAAGCUGCUGUUGAAGCUCUGCAAGCGUUCACCCAUCCCUUCCCCUACUGAAGGAUGGAGGGGCUGCAGCCAGGAGGAGCACCAGCGCUGGGUGAGGAAGGGUCUGGCCCCGGAGGUGGGGGUUGAUGUACACCAUGCUCUGUGUAAAUAUUUUAUUCUCUCAUUUUAUAUUUGUAUUGUAUUUAAGGCAGUGAAUGACCCACUGCCUCCACCCCACUUGCACUGUUCCACGCCAACAGCAGUUAACAGUGUUUUUAAUAAACCUGCCAUAG